GGGGGAGGGGACGCUGAGACGUACUGACAGCAGCAGCUGUAGCAGAAGAGGAGCGACGAAAGAGACGACUCCAGGAAGAAGCGUAAAAGGAUUUAAAAGGUGGGAAAGAGACCCCCGGGUGUGUAUGAGUCCCCCGGCCAUGGACUCGUUCGGCUUCCUCAAAUACCUGCGCAGCGGUGGCAACGCCACUAGCCCGGCCAUGGACGACGCGGCAGCCGCCGUGGAGCCGCACGACGCCGGCGCCACCAUCGCCACCUCCGUACUCUUACCCUCCGACGAUACCGAGGAGGAGGACGACGACGACCACGACCAGGACGAAGGUCCUUUCUUCGACCUCGAGUUCGCGGCCGUGACAGACGACGGCGGCUGCGAGGGGGAGGACGAGAAGAACGGCUCGGAGGUUGACCUCGACGGUGCGGAGGCGGAAGGAGAGGAGGAGGAGAGGGAGUUUAACUUUGCGGUGAGCUCCGACGGAAGCGGAGGAGGCGACGGCGGAGAUGGGCACGGGUUCGACACCUUUUCUCCCUCCCAUGACGAUCUCUUCUUCAAGGGGAAGCUCGUCCCCUUCGACGCUUCUUCCAUCGUCAUCGCCGCCGCAGCCGCCGCUUCUGCUGCUUCCGAGGCCGAUCCCAAGCCCCAGUUCCCCGCCUCCUUUCUCAGAACCGCCACCAAGUUCCGCGUCUUCUUGCUUGGGCUCCGCAAACCCAAACCAACGCCGGCAGAGCCCAAUGCCGCCGCCGUCGUCGCCGACGCUGAAGCUCCCGCUUCCGCUCCCGUCCCCGCCGAAGCCCCUGCCCCCGCAGCCACGGAGGCGGCGGCGUCUCCUAAGAAGCAGCUACCUCAUCAGAACAAGUUCUUUAUCAAGUUCAAAGUGGUGGAAGCUCCGAUCGUUUCGUUCUUCGCCCGAGACAGCAGCUCCCGCAACGGAGGCGGCGGCAGCAGCGCCGCGAAACCUCUGCCUCCCGCGGAUGAAUCCACCGUUGCCGGUGUGGCGGCGACGGAGGCAGAGGAGAAGAAGUUGCUAAAGGAAGUGCUCCAGAAAUAUCUCAACAAGAUCAAACCGCGGCUACCGCCGCCUCCGACGGAGGAGUCUGCCGUUGCAUGCGCGGCGGCUGCGGAGGCAGAGGAGAAGAAGUUGGUAAAGGAAGUGGUCCAGAAGUAUCUAAACAAGAUCAAGCCGCUCUAUGUUCGGGUCUCGAGGAGGUACGCAGAAAGGUUGAGGCUGGCCGGGCAGCUCCCUCCCGCCGAAGCGAUGGCGGCGGAGGCGACUACCGGCGAAGGGGAGGAAACGGACGCGGAGGCAGAAGUCGCAGUGCCGCAGCCGCGGCCAGCAACUGCAGCGGUUGCGGCGGCGGGCGGGGGCAAGAGCCUGGUGGCGGGGCUGAGAGUGGCGUGCAAGCGGCUGGGGAAGAGCCGGUCUGCGUCGUCGGCCGUGGAGGCUAUCCCGUCGCCGCCGCCGAGUCGGCGAGACGACUCGCUCCUCCAGCAGCAGGACGGUAUCCAGAGCGCCAUCGCGCACUGCAAGCGGUCCUUCACCGCCGUGGAGCAAGGUUCCGAGUCGCCGCUGGUGAGAUCGAUGAGCGAUCCCGGCGACGGGAGAUCAGAAACGACCACCGCGUCGCCCUAAGCAUCGGUUCUCCACCGCAGCCAAUUCCCCCAUCCCCUGAGAGUGCGCAUGUAGAAGAAGCAGAAAAAAACUAUGCGUUACAAUUAUAUUCCAUCGUCUCUUUUCAGUAGUUAGUAAGUUAGCCUCGUGAUCAUAAAGUUCAUGUCCGUUCUCCGUGAAGAACAAAGCCGCCGCCUCCUCCUCCCGAACAGUAUAGAUUUCAGGUGGUAGAACAUGCAGUGUGAAGAGUGCCGAUGGGGGUGAAGAGGGUAUGGUAAAGAGGGGACUUUCUCUCGGUUAUUCCCAUGCCAUGCGUGAGGAGGAGAACAAAAGAGACAGAGAUGUGAAAAAUCUCUCCCAUGGCAUCGGGAAAGCUGCCAUCAUCUUUCCCCAAUCUCAUUGUAAUAUAUUGAGCACUGAUAGGCUCUGCCACGCAGUGCAACUGCUUCUGUACCAAUCAAUGUACUACGCCUUGUAUC